UCCUGUUUUCAUUGCUAGCAGUAUGACACGUAGAAAAGAGGAAGUUUCAUCUAAGACAGCCAGCCUUGCCAAGCCUCAUACUUGCUGAAUGCUGACAGAGAGCUUGAGAAACCGUGAUGGGACACUUAAAUAGGUACAGAUUGAAUAAAAUCUGUUUUGGAAUUCUAAUUAUUUUCUCAAGAGCAGUUUACAUCUAUGCAGAAAGAGGUCACAAAGUUUGUUUUAGCUAUGGAUGCUUUGACUCAAGUGAUACUCAACUCGGCAUUACUCUGGAUGGUGAUGAAAUCUGCUAUGCAGACUUUAAAAAGGGGACCUUUGUUUGGGACAGCAAAGUACCAACAACUAUUCGUGCCGAAUGGGCUUACAAAUAUGCAGUGACAUGCCGAAGUGUGUGUAAGCAGGAUAUAUCCAGAUGGAAACCAGAUAAAUCAGUUACAAGGGCUAAAGAAGCUCCAGAAACGAUCCUCUAUCCCAGAGAUAAAGUGAUAAAAGAUGAAGACAAUACCCUCAUCUGCUUAAGCAACAACUUUUUUCCUCCUAAAAUCAACAUCAAGUGGACAAAGAACAAUAAAGAAGUAGCAGAGGAAGAUCCUUUCAUCAAUACUAUAUCUAAUCCUGAUGGGACGUUUCAUGUCUUCUCCUACCUGAACUUUGUUCCAAAACAAGGAGACAUCUACACCUGCAGCGUGGAGCACGAAGCACUGGAGGAGCCUCAGACCAGGUUUUGGGAGGUUGAAACAGAAGAGAUAAGUUGUGGCCCGGCUGUUUUCUGUGGGCUUGGCGUGAGUCUUGGACUUCUUGGAGUUGCUGCAGGAACUUUUUUUUAUGUGUAUGGACACCAGUAUCACUGCAUGCAAAACUGUGCUCAUUAAUCUAUCACAUCUAUAUACUACUCUGAAUGCAUCAUCCUUUACUUUUUCUCUUUACUGAGUAAAUCUUGACUGGAUGUCAUUUCCCAUUGCAAUUUCCCAGUAUGGGAUAAAUAAAGUAAAUCUGACAAAUAAAUUAGGACAAAUAAAAUUAUAUUACCUUGGAGGAAAAUAUGAAAUUCUGCUUAAUAAUUUUCAUAUCUGCCCUUCGUUGUUAGUUUCCUCUGUGGAAGUACUCGCUGGUUUUCUUUGCUAUGUGCCAAGUCCUGAUUAUUAUAUGAUGUGAUAGGUGCAUGUAUCUGUAUCAUGUAAUAUACUUAAAACCACCACUGCAACCAGUUAACCCCGUAUUUGGUUUAUGUCUGCUCACAGACAGAAAAGACAGCUCUGUCAUCUUUAUUGUCAUGUGAUUUAUUAAUUUUAAAAAUGUCAAAUUUCUGCAACAUAUACUGUGCAAGUCUCAUACUAUGAGCUGGAACCAACACCUUUCAAAUGUUUAUGUAAAUGUUUGGUUUUGUUGUAAAAUUGAAGCCAUGUAAACUGACUGUAGUGGCAUUGAUGGUACUAAAUAUCAUUCAUCCAAAAAGUGUCACUGACUAUUAUUAUUAUUAUAUGUAGAUUUUAAGUAUUUUGUCAAUAAUUGGAAUUGUUUUCUUUUACUUUUUCUUAAUUUAGUGUGAGAUUAUCUACAUAUUUAGAUACUCUACAUACCAUAUAUUGUACAUAUAAUUAUGUAUUAUGUGUGUGUGUGUGUGUGUGUGUAUGUGUAUUCUUUUUUAUAUCACCUGUGUGCUUCUGCUUCCUGUACCUGUACUGUUACAACAAAGCAAUUUCCCCAUUGAGAGACUAAUAAAGG